UUGAUCACGUGAACGUUCGAUAAUAGAACAGUGAACUGAUGAACUGAUGGAUGAUCAGCUGACUGGUCACAUGAUGAAGAUGCUUUGACAGAAAUCCUGAUCUGGACUUGAUCUGACCCUCUUCAUGGACAUGUCUCUGCAGAUGUCCAUCUGAAUGUGGACAUGUCUUCAGGACGAAGCCGUGGAUGGACAGAGUUGAAUAACCAGGUCACAUUACCGUCUGAGGACCUGAGUGAGAACACUUAGCUCUGACGUUAUGAUUGGACAAGGACGCCCAUUUCCUCCUAAUGGACAGACGGUAGCUAGCGUUAGCUUGCGCGCCCCACUCUGUCCUCCCCUGGGAACUGAAACCAUUAGCAGGAGGUUCCACACAGAGAUCAAUAGAGAGGGAGAGACUUCCUGUCACACUCAAUCGAUGGCUAACGUCCAAAACUCUCCAACAAGAGGACAAGAACUCAUGAAGACAAUAGGACAAGAGGACAAGAAGACGAUGUUGUCAUCGUCUCCAUCCACCACCUCCAACCCCCCCACACCUCACACCAUGACUGCUGCCUCCCGACGUGUUGCCAUGGAAACGUACUGGAGGGAGGUGCAGAGCAUUGAGGAGGAGGAGGAGGGGGAAGAGGAGGAGGAGGAGGAGGAGGAGGAGAGGAAGAGUAUGAAUGACAUGGAGGUGGAGGAGGCGUGGCUGACGGAGGCGGGGUUAUCCUCCCUGGUCAUGGGUUCGCCAUCGUUAGAGGAGGAAGCCCCGCCCACAACCGAAGCGCUGCUGUCCACGUUGACUCGGCAACAAGCCGCCACCGUGAGGAAGAGGUUGGACAACUACAAUGUGACCCUGAAGCAGAGGAACCGGCAGCCGGUCCGAGACGUCCGAGAAGUCUUCUCCGAGCCUGACGAUGACUCGGCAGACAAAUCUCCCCCCCCACCCCCCUGUCACGUCGAGUCACCUUCAACACGAUACCACAACACAACCAAGACCAUCCGUCGAGGCUCUCAGCCAGUACGACCAACUCUUCCAGUGUUUUUCUUCGAGGAUCAACAACCUGAGGACCUGUCGCCUCCCACAAACACACUAAGCCCCUCCCCUCCUUGCACAUGCUCGCAACCUGUCACUCACUCAAGACGGGCUGAAUGGCUGCUGCGGGACUCUCCAUACUCAGAGGGCGUGGCUGAACACAAACAGGGUGGGACUUGCUGGGACUGCCUGAGUUUCCAUGGAGAUGACAACAGUGAACUGCAGGGCCUCACCUGUGCAGACGACCUGUCAUCACGUGACCUCACCCGGCUCGGCUUCAUCUCUCACAUUGAACUCUCCACCUUCCUGCUUGCUCUGGGUGUCCACACCAAGCGCACCCGACCACCGCGCCACAGGACCCGGGACAGCGGUGUCUUUGGUGUCCCUCUGAAGUCGCUGUUAGAGAACGACAGGAAAAAGUUUCCUGGAGUCAAAGUUCCUGUCGUCUUCCAGAAGUUGUUAUGUAUUUUAGAGCAGACUGGUCUCCAGACUGAAGGAAUCCUCAGAGUUCCAGGAUCAGCAGCAAAACUCAAGUGUCUCCGUAGAGAGUUGGACAGGUGCUGUGGAUCCAUGGACUGGUCAUCAGUGAGACAUGUGGACGCUUCAGGUCUCCUGAAGCUGUUCAUCAGAGAGCUGCCGACUCCUCUGCUGACACACACACACCUGUCCACCUACCUCUCUGUCCUGGGUGUCUCCUCUGAGGUCCAUCAGAUUCAAGCUCUGCAGCUGCUGUCACUGCUGCUUCCUGAAGAACACCGGGACACUCUGAGAGCCUUGCUGGUCUUCCUGCGUAAAGUGGUCUCUCAUCAGGACCAGAACCGGAUGUCCCUGUGGAACGUCUCCAUGGUGAUGGCCCCCAACCUCUUCCCCCGCUGUCACCGUGGUAACAAGCGCUCCAUCACUACCCAGGAGGAGAUGGAGGAGGCGGUGGGAGGAGCUCAGCUGAUCCGGCUCAUGAUCACACACCAGGACCUGCUCUGGAUCGUCCCCAACUUCCUGUUGUCUCAAGUGAGACAGAUGAAUCAGACGUCCAACCUGAGGAAGCUUGGUCUGAGUAGGGCUAAGAGACGACUGCUGAGGAGGAAGGACAAGAACCAGAUCACUGAAUUGUGUGACGGACUGAUCAGAGUCCACGCCCCCCUACACACCAAGGUUUCCAUGGCGAUACAGCUGGACAGAGACACAACGGCCAAAGACGUCACAUCUCGCUUUGAGAGUGAGGACAGUUCUGUCCAGCAUCUGUAUGAAGUUGGAGGAAACAUCUGUGAGCGUCGUCUCCACCCAGAGUGUCUUCUAUUGGACGUUUACAGAGUUAAUCCUGAAUGUGAUUGGCUGAUCAAACCCUGACGUCUGUCCUCCCGAUAAAAAAUGUCUCACGUUCUCUACCUGAGUCAGCUGUCUUACCACUUGUCUUCCAUUAGUUAUGUCUCACUUCCUGGUGCCCCAUCACAUGAUGCCAACCUGAUCAGAUGUCCUUUUGUUUACCAUAAUUAUGUAAACAUUAAAAAUGAAAACAUGAAGUUUGUUUGUCUCCAUUUGUCCUCAUAGUGUGUCCAUGUUAUACGAGGCUGAUGCGGUUCUAGACGGGGGACUGAAGGAUCCUGUACUUUCCUGGCACCUCACUCCGGACUAAGGGAGUCCAGACGGUUUCUGUGCAGGUCUCUGAAGAGAUGGACUUUUACUGGUGUCCCAGUAGAAGAGCCCAGUCAGAGACAGGGGACAUAAUGAAGGAAUGAAGGAACAGUCCAUUAGGUGGAACUCAACAGUUCUUCUUGAUCUGACCCAACACAAGCUGGCACCACAAACUGAGACUGAGAACGUAUCAAUAAAGACUGAGAAUGCAUCAAUCAAGACAGAACAUAUUAAUAAAGACUGAACACGUAUCAAAGAGUGAAAACGUUUCAAUGAAGACAGAGAACUAAUCAAUAAAGACUGAGAACGUAUCAAUCAAGACAGAGAAUGUAUUAAAAACAGAAUGUGUUUAUUCCUGUGGUUCGGGGGAAACAUACGUGUGCUGUAGAACACGCCGGCUCUGCUCAUGAAACUGAACAGUUUUAUUUACAAGUUUUAAAUCCACAGUUUUCUGAACAGAGUCUGGUUCAGGAUGAAAAUCAAUACAUGACACAAGCCAGGUCGGCCAUUUUUAACGUGUUCAUCACAUGACCACUGAGGUCAGUUCGCAGUCACUGGAUCGGAGAAGCUACCUCCACAAAAUGACAUUACCAGAUGUUAGGGGCAGCUGAUGGCGGCAUCCAGAUGUUGGAAGCAGCCAUGGUGG